UCAUAAAGCUCCCACUCCGUGCUCUGUGUUUCAGUUAGUUCUGCAGUCAUGGUGAGAGUGGUUGCUGUGGUGUCGCUGGUCCUCAGCGCUCUGGGAGCUGCUAUAGGAAUCAAACUGGAUGGAAAUGGAUACACCGACCUUCUUAUAGCUAUCAACCCAGCUGUACCUCAGAAUGAUAAGCUCAUCAAUCAAAUCAAGGAUAUGAUCACCAGUGGGUCACAAUAUCUUUUUCAUGCUGUAGAAGAUAAGGUGUUCUUCAAGGAGGUGAAAAUUCUAGUUCCACCAACCUGGAAGGGAAAUUACGAGAGAGCCAAAAGAGAAACCUACGAUAAGGCCAGUGUCUUUAUUGAUCGCCCGAACCCAAUUUUCGGUGAUGAGCCGUACACUAAGCAGAUGAAAGGCUGUGGGGAAGAGGGGGAGUACAUUCAUUUCACCCCAGAUUUCCUCCUGGAUGAUGACCUCCUCGAUGCGUAUGGGACGAGAGAAAAGGUCUUUGUUCAUGAAUGGGCUCAUCUCAGAUGGGGGGUGUUUGAUGAGUACAGUGAGGAGGAGCCGUUCUACUUGUUUGGCAACAACAUAGAGCCUACACGAUGUAUUAAGGACAUACGUGGCAGAAAUUAUAAAGUGACCAAUGGAAAACAUGUGCACUGCCCCACUGAUGUGGCAACGGGUUUACCCAUUAAGGGAUGCCAGUUCUUUCCAGACAGAGAGCAAGAAAAUAGUGCAUCGAUCAUGUACAUGCAAAGCCUGGACUCUGUAAAGGCAUUCUGUGGCUUUAUGGAUCACAACUAUGAAGCACCGAACAUGCAGAACAAGAAAUGUGACUACAGAUCUACCAGUUCGGUCAUUUUUGAAAGUUCAGUCGACAGUGACGCCCUUAACACCUUACAACCUCUACCGUCCCCACCACCGCCCCCAACGUUCACCGUGAUCCAGAGGCAACAUCGGGUCAUCUGCCUCAUCCUCGAUGUCUCUGGGAGCAUGAAGGGUGAAAGAAUUCUUCGGCUACAGCAGGCUGCUACACUGUUCCUGAGCGAGAUUGUGGAGGAGGGAGCGCAAGUGGGCAUCGUUAAGUUUAGUACCAACGCUGAAAUUGUGAGCCCCCUGACAACACUACAGGGUAAAGAGUCCAGAGACGGUUUAAUCAGACACUUACCCAAAACUGUAGAUGGAUCUACAAAUAUGUGCAACGGACUUAAUCUAGGCUUUGAGGUGCUUAAGAAAGACGAUGGAAGCACAAAAGGAGAUGAUUUGAUUUUUCUAACAGAUGGGGAAGCGACAGAUAAAGUUGAGGAUUGUCUACAGUCGGUGGUGGACAGUGGUGCCAUCGUUAACACUAUAGCACUCGGGCCAAGUGCCUCUUCCGUGCUGAUAACCAUGGCCAAUCUAACAAAUGGAAAGUUCAUUGUAGCAGAUCAGAGUUUGCUUUCCAACCAGCUUGUGGACGCCUUCACUUCAUUUAUAUUGUCAGACGGAGAUCCCACCAAACAGGCAAUCCAGCUUGUCAGCAUUGGAAAGAAUACUGCUGAUUGGUUCAAUGGGACAGUGCCCAUAGACCGCACUGUAGGAAACGGCACCACCUUCACAGUCAUCUAUGAAAAAAGUAUACCCACCGUGCACAUAGAGGCACCAAGUGGGCGGGUCUACAAUCAGGCUCAUGUCACUAAUCACCAAGAAACAAGAACGAUCACUCUGAAUAUUCCUGGAACUGCAGAGCCUGGAGACUGGAAAUAUAGCUUUCUUAACAUAAGAGCAGCUGCUCAGACUAUGUCUCUAACAGUGACAAGCCGAGCAGCCCACGAUGACGUCAAUCCAAUCAUUGUUACUGCCGAAAUGAACCAGCCAUCUGCUGAUGGAAGUAAACCGAUGGUGGUUUAUGCUGAGGUCAAACAGAAUCGCAUGCCUGUGCUUGGGGCCAAGGUCAUGGCCACCAUGGAGUCAGAUACUGGGCAUUCAGAACUCUUACACCUCCUGGAUAACGGAGCAGGCGCUGAUACUUUGAAGGAUGAUGGCGUCUAUUCUAGAUAUUUCACCAAACUAAAGAAUGGAAGGUACAGUCUGAAAGUGCAGGUGACCCGUGAAGGUGGAAACAUUCCUUUUACACCCAGCAGACAGGGUGGUUCACUGUAUGUCCCUGGAUAUAUUGUGGAUGGUGAAUUACAGCUAAACCCUCCAAAACCUCCUGUAAAUGUGCAGCCGGCAGACGUGGGCAGCUUUACCAGAAUAGCCACUGGAGAGAGCUUUGUGGUCAGUGUCCCCCCAAAUGCCCCCCCACCAAACUUCCCUCCCAACAAAGUCACAGAUCUGAGUGCUGAAAUCCUGGAGGACACUGUGCUUCUCAACUGGACAGCUCCGGGCGAGGACCUUGAUCAGGGAACAGCUGGAUCCUAUGAAAUUAAAUGGAGUGAGGAUCUGGAGGUGCUUCAGAAGAAUUUCAGUGGUGCUAAUGUAUUAAACACGUCUGCUCUCCAACCACAAGAGGCGGGCUCAUCUGAACAGCAUCACUUCCUGCCCGAUAUCCCGAUCCCAAACGGCACCACCCUGUUCUUCGCUCUUCGCUCAGAAGACAAAGAGGCGGUGAAGUCUGAUGUGUCUAACAUCGCUCGAGUGAAGAAGUUUGUUCCAGGUCCCACAUCUACAGAAACUCCAGAUCCAGGCCUGAACAUGAGCGCUGUGGUCAUUUCAGUCUGUGUGGGAACACUGGUGGUGUGCCUAAUAGCUGCUGUGGCCAUAUACGUAAAGAAACGACAGAGAAAUAGUGGAGUCAUUUAAAUCUAAAGAGAAAAAUUGAUUGAUAGUGAUAUAAAUGUGACUAAAGGCGUACUCACACUAGGCACUCUGUACCACGUCUGGACACGGCUCCCUCCCAAAGCUAUUGUGAUCAUUGUGAACUGUACUCAUAUACAGUACUGUGAACCUGCUCCUGCAGCGUGCUGGUAAGCUCUGUUACACCUGUAAUUUAGCUAUGCUGAUUACCCCUCCCACUUGGCUGCAUUCCCCCUAUCACCAGAAAUGCCCCAACAGCAGGUGGGUGAAGACCAGCACAUGCCUCCUUUGAUGCAUAUAAACUACCGCCUCUUUACCUACUGCUGCUAGCGUAGCAUUAUCAUAUUACCAUACUUCAUAUGGUACAUCCUAUACAUCAGCUCACAGAUGUCUGUGCUGACCCACAUUACGUAGAGAGUGAUGUGGGGAAAGAGCGCCAUCUACCCACCUAGAGAAAGUAUGGCCAACUGUGUUCUCUUGGACUCUGGCUGCUGAUGACAAGGCCGGGAUUCGAACCAGUGAUCUCCCGACCAUAGUGGCAGCUGAACCAGUCGGAAACCCCACAAUUAAAUGUUUAAAUGAUUGACACCACUUAUAUAAAUAUCAAUAAAUUUUUGUGUGUAUGUGUGUGUAGAAGUGUUUGAGAUGGGGGGCCCCAUUCAAAGUGUAGCCUAAGGGCCUCGAUCACCUUAAUCCACCAUUGUUGACAGCCAAUCUCGUGCUGGCCUGCAUAAAGAAAACAAAUACGUAAAGGCUGUUGCUUGGAGGAGCUGCAGCACAAUGAAAAGUCUUACAUUCCAAAAAAAAUAAUAACAUGCAGCAAAUUUUACAGGUCAGGCCAGCGGGGGAGCAGGGAUAAUCGUGCUCCAGCAUGGUUUGGGCCAAGUGUGAGUACGCCUUAAAAAAAUUAUGUACAGUGGUUUGCAAAAGUAUUCAUACCCCUUGAACUUUUUUACAUUUUGUUAACUUACAACCACAAACUUAAAUGGAUUUUAUUGAAAUUUUAAGCGAUAGACCCACACAAAGUAGCACAUAAUUGUAAAGUGGAAUAAAACUAUUACAUUUUUUAUGGGGGGGGGUUGGGUUGUCUCUAUUAGCUUUGUGCAUCUAGACACUGGGAUUUUUGCCCCAUUCUUCUUUACAAAACAGCUCCAGCUCAGCAAAUUUUAUUAUCUUGCCACAGAAGCUCAGUGAGAUUAAGGUCAGGACUUUGACUGGGUCAUUCUAACACAUGAAUAUUCUUUGAUCUUAACCAUUCCACUGUAGCUCUGAUUGUAUGUUUAGGGUCAUUGUCUUGUUGGAAGGUAAAUCUCUUACCCGGUUUUAAGUCAUUAGCAGCCUCCAUCAUAAUUUUCUUUUUAGGAUUGCCCUGUAUUUAGCUCCAUCCAUCUCCCCCAGCUUUCCUGUCCUUGCUGAAGAACAGCAUCACCACAACAUGAUGCAGCCACCACUGUGUUUCACAGUGGGGAUGGUGUGUUUAGGGUGAUAAGCAGUGUUACUCUUUCACCACACAGUGCACUUUGCAUUUAGGCCAAAAAAUUAAACUUUGGUCUCAUCUGACCACAGCAUCACAUGUUUGCUUGUGGCUACAAACUGCAAUUGUCAAUUCUUUCUUUCUGUCUUUCUUUCAACAAUGGUUUUCUUCUUGCUAUUGGUGUUUAUAAUGAGACUAAAUUACACACAGCUGGCCUUUUAUCUAAUUAAGUGACUUCUAAAGGUGAUUGAUUGAAGUUUGUGGUUGUAAGGUGACAAAAUGUGAAACGUGAAAGUUCAAGGAGUAUCAAUAAACAAACUGGUCAUUUUAAUCUAAUAAUGCAUUAUUAGUAAAAUGAGCAUUUUUGGAUUGAGCCUUUAAUAAAAUGAAGAAAAGGAAGAAAUAAUAUUAAAUAAAGCAGUAAAAUCGCUCACUAUUAAUGUCCUGUUCAUUGUAGAAAAAGGUGGAGGCCAUGGUUUGUUCCCUUAUAUUCUACAGGAAUAAACCUGGAAUAAUCUGUGCAGUACAGGACUGAGACAGAGCUGAACUCCCCUACUUAUUUGCUUAGACCCGCCCCUUCUCUGGGUUUCUCUAUAGGGCAAUACAGCUGUUACUCCCUGACCAUGCUGCCUUUAUUAAUACCAAUCACACUGUUCAUAAUAUAUGAUUAAAUAUGUUAUAAGUCUUUUCUGCAAACUUUAAGUCAAACUUAAUUACAGUAACAAUUACUUGCUAAUGAAUAAUUGUCAAUCAGAAGGAUAUAUGUAUCUUUUUAAAAAUACAAAUAUACUUUCCUCUGUAUCAAUAUCAUAAACAUAUUUUGUUUAAUAAAGUUCAGGUAAAAGGUGGGGAUGUAUUAUUUGCAAUGCACUGAAGACAAUAAAAUAAUGAUUUUCAA